UUCCCCUUCAGAAGAUCCAGCAGAAACUGAUAUCAGAGAUCUCCAUAAGCAGUGGGAAAGUAAUGCAUCUACCUGUGUCCUGUGAAAGCAGGAAGUUAUUCAGGAUGCAGCCCAUCCUGGGCCACAGGCCCACUCGCCCAGCCCAGCUAUAAAGGAAGCCCUGCUGCCGCCCGCCCGCCUGCGGCCACCCUGGGCAUCCCAGCUGCCAUCCCCUCGGUGACAUGAGGCAGUUCCUCUCUCCAACCACCCUUCUCCUGGUGGUUCUUCUCUUCCCAGGAUUGUCCAGGGUCACGUAUGCUAACCAGCGGGACACCGAGGGUCCCAGGGGACCAAAGGAAGGCUCCCCGGGACGUGGAACCGAAGGGUCUCACCCGUUACGCCACCAAGUAGAACGCCACCUCUUACCUCGCACGCCCCCCUUCCUGGACAUUGAACCAGAUUUCAAAGUUGUCAACUGCAAGAGAGGUGAUGGCAGAUGUCAAAAAUAUUGUAAUUAUAUGGAACUACAACUAGGCUAUUGCUCUAAAAAGAAAGAUGCCUGCUGUUUACCUCAAAACUGAGGUUGUUGUCAUAAAAGCCAAAGCUUUGUCCACGCCCUGUUCUCCUGGGCCAUCAAUCCAGACGCGGGUGUUUUGGAGAAGGAGCUGAGCAGAGAGGAGACACUGAGAAAUGUAAUGAAUUGAAACUGUGGAUAUAUGAGGAGAAGAACAUCUCAAUACAUAAAAACAACAAAAUGCUGCAUAUUUUAAAAUGUGAGUAUAUCCAAAAUGUGGGGAGGACGAAUAUGAGAGAAUUAAGAAAGGAUUCCUGGGGAUAUUUGAGCAGGAUUUUGGAGGAUGAUUAGGAGUUUCUUAAGUGAAAGAGAGAAG